CCUGGUAACUGUGUGUUUGUUUAGUUUUUGUGCGAAUUAUUUUGUUUUUCUGUCCAAUAAUUGGUGUGCAAUAAGUAGUUAAUUGAGUUAAAGAUGAGUGCGAGCGAUACAACAAAGCAAUUAUCGAUUGUGGAUAUACGAAAUUAUAUGCUGCAAAACGACGGCAAGGUGACAAAUCACGCUCUCGUCAAGCACUUCAAGAAAUAUCUAACGCACACACAAAAUGAGGCCGAGGCACGAAAGCGCUUCAAAACCUAUGUGACGCUGCUCUCCACCAUCAAGAAUGAAAACAAUCAAAAGUAUUUAAUACUGCGCAAAAAGUAUAUCAAUGAGUGUCCGAGCGAAGAGGUUGUGGAACGCGCCGUCGCGGCUGCGGGCACUGCCUCUGCGCCCUCCAGCCCGGGAGCUGCUUCCACGGUGUCCGUGACCGAUAGCGGCAUCUCGCCAAUGAGGCAGCCGCCGCCCUAUAAAGCGCCGCCCGAGGUGCAGCAGUCGCCGACACCAGCACCGGAGCCGGAACCAAGUGCUCCAGUGAUCGCUGGCUUGGCUGUGCAUCAGGAUCAAGUGGAGACCUAUCGGGAGUGCGUUAACGAAUUCACAGCUGCCAUGCAACGCAUUGAUCCGGCACGCCUCGUGCGCCAAUCAGAUAUCGACAAGAAGAACGAACAGGACGCCGAAACCGAUGCCAACGGUAACGCCGAUGUCGAUGCCGCUGCCGCUGCCGAUGUCAAUGGCAAUGGCAAUGGCAACAUCAAUGCGGAGGCCAAUGGCCAAAAGACCGAUCCUGAUAUUAAUGGCAAUGCCAAGUCUAUAUCAAGGGUCAAUUCCGUGGACGAGGGCAAUAAUAAGGAAAAUAUACCGCGUUUUUCCUUCUCGUCGGGCACUUCUACUGAUAGCUCCUCCGCAGAGAAGGCAGACGCAGCUGAGAAUCCCAUCAGCGUUAAGGAAGCGACACGCAAAUUCAACCGGAUGGCCUCUGAAGAGGAGGCAAAAAUAAUAUCACCGCCGCCCAAGAAAAAGCCAGAAAAGCAGCUAAUUGAGGAAAAGGACUCACCCGAUGUCACAUUGUCACAUCCGAAAGCCAAGGAAUGGAUUGUCGCCAUGGCCAAAGUCAAUUAUCAGGAGCUCGCUAAGUUGGCUAAUGAUUAUCCAGAGCUUGUCAAACUGCAGUGUCCAGCUACGGUAAACCGCUUUACACUGGGCUGCCAAGCAUGGGAACGAGGAUGUGGUCAAGCUGAUUGCCGGCACCUACAAAGCGGAUGUCAAUGCCCGAACGCAUGGGGGCUAUACACCGUUACACUUGGCUACACAAUUUGGAAGGCAUAAUAUAUUCGAGCUACUAUGGAAUGUUUAUAAGGCUAAUCGUGACAUAAUGGACUGGAGUGGCAAUAAGCCAUUGGACUACAGUCGACAGCGACCCAGUGUUUCGGCCUCAACGUGCAGCAAAAUUCAAGCGAUGCGGCUCAACUCAAACGGACUCAAUGGAACCUGGAGGCAGGUUGACUUAACUAAAGAUUUUGAAUGUUUGCCAACGAUUAAUGUUCAAUAAAAGUUGGUCUUUUGUUCGUUCGCCUGUUAUUAUGUA